CUCAAUCUGGAACGCCACUCGGUAUCCUUCUUCGUUGUAGACUCAAACCGGAUCGAAAUUAUUCUGGGUCAGAAUUAUAUGGGAAGCAGGGGAAUCUGGGAGAAAAAGGUAGAAAAGAAGGGUUCGAUGAGAGCCUAUGCCACUUUCUCAAAGAAGCCCACUCCAGGUAAGAAUCCCCUUCCUGUCCACUGUGGGAAACUCGCUGACUCGUUGUCUUGCAGAGCAGAGAAAGUCCAUGCUAGAAGAGAAAGCGCGCUUAGCAAAGAAAGCACAAAUGGUCGAAGCAACUGUUCGAGGAGAGGGUACCGCAGCGACAAGUGUCGGAAAGCCGACCUCCCGGGCGAACUCAACCAGUUCAACAGGAAGUACUUUGAGCGUUCAAACGACUGUGGAAAUAAACUCAUCUAUCGGGUUGUCCAUGCCAAAACUUCAGGACCGCUCAUUUCCCAAUCGCAGACUGGAAUCGGUGACCGAGUCUACUGGAACCUCUAUGUCGGACAGUUCAUCCUGGCGAACUUCGUUCGAUUCUUCGCAGGAUCAGGGAAGCUUCUGUGUCAGCCCCGCAACGACUUUCAGCUCGAAAUCAACUGCAAGCUCGAGCUUUGGCAACAAUUCGGUGAUAAGACUGCCUGAGAGGGUCAAGUUCAAGCGACCCGGGAAGGAGAACGGUAAAGAAAUACCGUUUAUAUAAGAGCUAGGGAAGUGAAGGUGUGGUGUCAU